AUGUCUGGUAAAGUACAUGGUGGUAAAGGUAAGUCUGGAGCAAAGGAUGGUGGCUCGUUGAGAUCGCAGUCACACUCUGCUAGAGCUGGUCUACAGUUUCCAGUCGGUAGAGUGAAGCGUUAUUUGAAGAAAAAUGCAGCUGGUAGGACUCGUGUCGGUUCCAAGGCUGCGAUAUACUUGACUGCCGUGCUAGAGUAUUUAACUGCCGAAGUGCUUGAAUUGGCGGGUAAUGCAGCCAAGGAUUUGAAGGUAAAGAGAAUCACUCCAAGACAUUUGCAACUAGCUAUCAGAGGUGACGAUGAAUUGGAUUCUUUGAUCAGAGCUACUAUUGCCUCUGGUGGUGUUUUGCCUCACAUCAACAAGGCUUUGCUACUAAAGGUGGAGAAGAAACACAAAUAA